UUUGGGGACUAUUCUAAUUGAAUGUGCUUUGGCUUUUGUCUAUGACACUAGGAUGAUGACAGUAGGAGGAUAGAAUUGCCUAGAACUAAAAUUCUUUCUUUCGAUAUAAGUAACUUAGUAGAUCCAAAUUUUCGUCCCCUUCGAUCAUUCUCUCCCAAAAGAAGUGAGACAGGAAACGGGCAGGAUAGAGAGUUUCUUUAACAUUUUCAUCUGUCUAUGAUGUCGAGGAUCCCAGCGAGGUUGAAUAGGAUAGCAGUGGCUUUCAACGAAGCAGCCAAGGCCCCCCGGCGGCUCUGCGAGAGCAGCGGCAGCGAGCACUCUCCAGAGGGUUCAACUGAUCUUUCAGAUCUUGUAAAUUCUUUCUUCGAGAGAGAUUUCGAGGUUGAAAAUGAUGAAGGAAAAGUUCAUCAAGAGGGAGAGAAAGAGCUAGAUGAAACCGAUGGUUAUUGGUCAGAAUCUGAGGCGAAACAUACGUUACAGAGUUUGCUAAGCAACGCCCAUGAUGGCAACCAAGAAGACGAAAUGAAGCAAAAGAUUUGCAGAGAGACAGAACUUGCAUGUGGGAUCAUAGGGGAUAGGUUGUCCAAGGAUUUUAAGCGUCAGUUGAUGUCUCGUUUGCGCGACAAGGGCUUUGAUGCUGGUCUGUGUAAAUCCCAGUGGAAGAAAUUACGGUAUUAUCCUGCUGGGAAUUAUGAAUAUGUCGAUGUGAAUGUUAAUGGAACUUGCUACAUUGUUGAAGUAAAUCUAGCGAGAGAAUUUGAAAUAGCUCGACCAACAACCAGUUACGCUUCAUUACUGGAGGUUCUCCCACCAAUUUACGUCGGUAAAUCCAAGGACCUCAAGCAGAUUGUUAAGCUAACGUGCACAGCAAUGAAAGAAUCCAUGAAGAGGCGGGACAUGCACAUGCCGCCCUGGAGGCUAAGCGGGUACAUGCAAUCCAAGUGGUUUGCUAGUUACAGGCGUACCGUCAAUGAACUUCCGGCUCGAGAUGCACCAGAGUUUAAUGAUUCUGCUCCAGCAAAGAGACCGGUCGGGUUUGAUUCCAUCCCGGCUAUAUCUUUCCAUUGCAGAGAUAAUUUUGCUAGCAAAUCUGGGUUGAAAGUCGGGUAUUUGGCUGCCGCCUUCAACGGCCCUAGCUAGGGAUGCAGUUGUACUCAUUGCGCAGGAUCGCAUUGUACAUAAAGAGAAGAAGCUUGUUCAAGUUUUUGAAGGCUAGCUGUAGAGUACUUGAUUCAAUUGUUUAUGGUUUUUCGUUCAACCUUUUGAGGGAUUUUGGUUUGAUUAGUUAAUUUAGAUCAAAUUCUUGAAUCUGGAUUAAUUUUUCCAUUAGCAACAUCAAGGUUUUAAGAUCUUGAGAUGUACUUUUUGUCAGCUUCCGCCAUUGCAAUAAAUAUAGGCGUGCUGCGUGCUUUUGACU